UAAGCGCCACAUAGUCAUAGCUCAGGAGUGAAUUCCCUGUUUAUAGCUACUGCUUAUCUCCAGCAAUAAACAACCUGGCCGGUAUAAAAAGCCUCCACCGACUCCAUGCAGCAAAGACCACGGCAGACACCCGAGUGGCUGGGUCGAACGUAGUUCAGGAUGCAGAACCUCAAUCUUGUCCUGGCCCUCCUGCUCCUUACAGGAGCCCAGGCCCGCUACUUCUGGCAGCAUGACGAUCCCCAGCAGACCCGCCUGGAACACCUGCAGGAGCUGGGCCAGGUGUACCUGGACUCAGCCAAGUCAGCAAUCCAGCAAGCCGUGGUCCAGUUCGACUCCUCUGCCAUGGCCCAGGAGCUGCAAGUGAACUUAGGGCAGAAGCUGGAAGCCUUAACAAUUGUGCUGCGAGAAAUCAAGGAGCAGAUAGCCCCCGACCUUCAAGAAGUGAGAAGCGAACUGGAGGCAGCCUGGCAGAAGCUGAAGGAAGAGCUGACUAGGGACGUGCGGGAGAUCGGAACCCAGAUCCAGCCCUUGCUGCGUACGCUUCGGGAGGGCGUGCAGCAGGACGCGGCCGCCUACUUCCAGCAGCUGAGAACCAUCUCCCAGGACAUCAACCAGAUGGCCCAAGAGAAGCUGAGGCCGGUGGCCGAGGAUUUCCGGGACAAGGUGCGAAGCCAUGUGGACAAGUUCCGCAAGGACGCCGCUCCCUACGCCCAGAAGCUGGAGCAGCUGAUCCAGGAGAAGGCCAAGACGCUGGAGCAGAGCGCCCGGACUGAGCUCACCGAGUUGCAGACCGAGCUGCAGCAGCAACUAAGCGAAGUGCAGGAGAAAUACGGGCCCAUCUGGGAAAAGGCCCGGGAGGAGCUGCUACAGCUGCUGGGGAACGCCAAGGCCUUGCUUGUGCCCGCCGAAGGUUCGGAACAGGAGGUGCAGCAGCAGAGCUCCUAGAGGCCCUGCAUGGGUGCCCCCCAAUCAGCCCUGCCUCUCCCCCCCGCAAGGGUCCCGGUGACCCAUCCUAGUGGCUGAGGAGGCUGGCAAUUCCUUUGUAAGGCAGCAGAAGGCCGGAACCCACCCUCACCCCAAUCUGGCUGCCAGUCUCAUGUCCCCUCCCUAGACUUCUUUCCCUUCUUCUUCUUUUGUGCCAAAUAAAAAAAAAAACCAUGAUAUACAAAUGA